AUGCCUAGCCUACAAACGCUCGUCGUACGACGAGCUCCUCUCAUGGAUAUGGGUACUGCUACCAGUUCAGUAACUUCUGUGAAUCCAGCGUCAUCAAAAAAUGGAACGAUACACAAGAAACUAGAUAAUAAUAAGACUUCUAAUAAAUUGAGCAAUGUUGGACUUAAGUUACCGUUGGUUAAACAAGAGCACACUGGUACUGGUAUUGGUACUGGAAAUAGUGGUAACAAUUUUUUAUUAACUGAGAGAACAAUAAUUGGGAAAGGUGGUCUAAGUAACAUAGGUUUAAGUAGUUCUUUAAUAGCCACUGGUGGUUGUGAUAAUGGUAAUGGUGUUAAUAGUAGUAAUGGCGUUGAUGUACCACUUCUUGGGCGACCAGAGAGCAGUAGCAGUCUUGAAGCACGUGCUUCAAUGGGUCAUGGAGCUGAUGUAGCUGUUGGUGGUAUCCAGGGUGGUAGUUGGGCAAACUUAUCACCAGGGAGUAAUUUACGUAAAUGUAAAACUGCUGUCGGUCUUAGUACACUACACCUGGAGAAUAGACCCAUCAAUAAGAGCCGAGUAUGCUCCAGAUGCUCUAGUUUACUGUCCCUAGCGUCUAGUUCGAGGUACAGUCUUGCUGCUGGUAAUUUUGUUCCGUCUACAACUACCAAUCAACUUAAUCAGCAGCAGACUCAACAACAACAACAACAACAACAACAACAACAGCAGCAACAGCAACAGCAACAACAACAACAACAAACUUCAAGUCAAUUUCUUUGCAAGCUCUGCCUUGUUGAUGUUACAGUCUCCAAGAUAUUUAGGAUCGAAGGCUGCGGAUGUUUUUAUUGUAAAGAUUGUAUGAAAGCCUACGUUGAGUUUGAAAUAGAAGAAGGCGCUUAUGAAAUUAGCUGUCCGGAUGCACAGUGUGAUUGGUCGUCUAUUCUUACGUUAAAAGAAAUAUCGACGCUUGUUAGUUCGGAAUUAAUGGAAAAACAUCAAAAAUUCCGUCUCAAUAGAGAUGUGUCGAUGGAUAAAGACCGCGCAUGGUGUCCACGUGCUGGCUGUGAGACGAUAUGUUCCAUAAAUAGUCCAGGAAGUAAUGGCAUGUCACCGGGACCGGUGCACUGUCCAAAUUGUUCAACGGAUUUUUGUUCAGUAUGCCGUGAAUCAUGGCACAAUGGACCAUGUCCAAAUCUUCCUUUGGGUAUACCAUUUGACAAUGAUCACAUUAAAUGUUGUCCAAUGUGCUCAGUGCCUAUUGAAAAGGACGAAGGCUGUGCUCAGAUGAUGUGUAAAAGAUGUCAACACGUAUUCUGUUGGUAUUGCUUAGCAUCAUUAGACGAUGACUUUUUACUGAGGCAUUAUGACAAAGGACCAUGUAAAAAUAAAUUAGGACAUUCUCGAGCCUCUGUUAUAUGGCAUCGAACGCAAGUGAUAGGUAUUUUUGCGGGUUUUGGCCUUCUACUUCUUGUAGCGUCUCCACUAUUGUUAUUAGCUGCACCGUGUAUUGUAUGUUGUAAAUGUCGUGUGUGCGGAUCAUCACGACUUGAACAUGAUAAUAAUAAUGGAAACGGUAGUAAUGGUGGUGGUACUAGUACUGGUAAUCAUGACGAUUCCUCGACGUAAGUUUUAAGAUUUGUUAUUAACAAUUAUUUCAAUAUAAAUACAACG